CAGCCACAGCGCCCCGAGCAUCCCUCGCUCGCCCGCGGUUCGCGGUUCGCCUGCGCACGUUUGUCUCCGCCGACAUGGCCGGGGUGACCGCAGGGUCGUCGUCGGGGUCCUGAGGAGGUCGCCGCUGACGCCGGAAUGACGUCCUCCCUGCCGCCCGGUGGCGGUGGCGCGGCCGCCAGCUCGGAGGCGCUUCCGGGGCCGCCCGGGGGUUCCGGGUCCGGGGGCGCGGCGCCGCCGCAGACUCCGGUGCUGUCCGUGUCCUGCCGCAUGCUGCGCUCGCCCUCCCACGAGUCCGUCACCACGGACCUAUCCCUGCUCUCCGUGUCCUCCAUGUCGCUGGCCGCCGACAUGAGGGGGCUUAGGCUGGUGGGCUUCAACAAGCACGCGCGCGGAGUCUCGCCCAACCCGGACAGCACCAGCCAGGUCUCCAUCGCCCGCCCUCCAGACAUCCCCGAGCUGCUGUGGUUCGAGGAGGAGAACGAACUGAUCCGGAGCUGCGCCGCGCUGUCGUCCGCGCUGGGCCUGCAGCGCUCCUUCAGCACGAGCGACAUCGCCCAGCUGCCGGAGCAGACGGCGCAGGCCGACGCCAUGGUGCUGGGCUUGGGCUCCAGCUCGCAGGCGGGCGGCACGAGCGCGGCGCAGGGGGCCGGCGACGGCGAGUCCCCGCCCAUGAGCGCUCGGCCCAGCGUGUCCGAGCCCGCCCUCAACUCGCUGCAGCGGCUCGGCUUCCUCAUGGACCAGCACCAGCUGAACCGCACGUCGCGGUCCUGCUCCACCUGGGUGGCCGUCGGCGACCUCGUCUCCAACUCGCAGCUGCCCUCGCCCCACGGCGGCCACAGCCUCGCGCCCCCGGCCGCCCCCACGCUCGCCGCGCCCGCCAACGUCCCCGCCACGCCGUCCUUCACGCCGGCCGACCUCAUCCGCUCCGUCAACAAGAAGGUCCGCCAGAACUACAUCCGCCGGCGCUUGCUCAUGACUUACAAGGCGCUAGAGCGGCUGUCGCAGAGCGAGUUCAACCUGGACCGGCUGGAGGCCGCGGCGUCGGCCAGCUCGGCGGCCGCGUCGUCUCCCAUCCCGGGCAUGGGGCCGCCGAGCAGCGCUGGCGGCGUGGCGUCGUCGCGCGGCGGCAGCGUUUCGCUGACGGUGCGCGACGUGGAGCGGUCCCAGGGGCGGCCCUUGUCGCGCUACGACCGCAACAUGAUGAUCUUCAACUGGCUGCACACGCUGGACGACACGGACUUCGAGAAGCUGGAGGUGGCGUGAUGGCGCCGCCCCGGCCGCGGCCCUGGCGCAGGGCGAAGGCCGAGGGCACAACCGGCACAGCCAGAGGUGAAGCCAGAGGUGGAGCCAGAGGUGGAGCCAAAUGUGGAGCCAAAUGUGGAGCCAAAUGUGGAGCCAAAUGUGGAGCCAAAUGUGGAGCCAAAUGUGGAGCCAGAGGCGGAGGCAGGGGCGGAAGCCAUGGCGGAGGCCAUGGCGGAGCCACUGGACCUGCCAACGGCGUCAAUGGCACCAACCACAGAUCGGCAAGUUGAGCCGGAGAUCGGACCCGAAAGGGAAAAGGCUGAGUCCAUGGCCAACCUGAAUGCCCCGAAGGCUGAACCAAGGGCUGGCCAAGGGCGUCCUGGCCGCGGUCGGAAGGGUCGCAAGAUGCGCCGACGCCGGAAACACGUGAACGCAGACUCGAAAGUCGACAGCCUUGCUCUCGACGCGGUGGACGCUGUGGGCGCUGUGGGCGCGGUGGGGGCGGUGAAUGUGGUGGAGGCGGUGAGGGUGGUGGAGGCGGUGAACGUGGUGGAGGCGGUGAACGAAGUGGACGCGGUGAACGAAGUGGACGAGGUGGACGCGGUGGGCCCGGUGGGUGCUGUCCUGAAUCCCGCCAGUGUGGGCGAGGCGGUCGUGCGCCAGACGGGCGCGGUGCGCAGACCGGCGAGCACGGCGUCCGGCACGAGCACCAGCAGAGGCCGCGACAGGCCCGUCAGGCCCAUUCCGCCCAGGCCUGCACCCCCGCCUGUCGACCCGCUGGUCGAUGAGGAUGCCGCCGUCGGUCCCUUGAGGGCCCUGAGCGCGAAUACGAGCCGCUCCGGAGGCGCGGAUAUCAACGGGUUGCUCGUGGACGCGGGGCUGGCGAGGCGCAGCCUCCAUUCCCACUUUAGCGACCCGAGUCUGCCGAACGCGAUCCCCAUCGAGCCCGACAACUACGCCGAAUUACUGUUCGAUGAAUUCGGUGAUUUGAGCGAUUUCGAAAUGAGCGACCCGUACAUGGGCUUGCUCCUCGGGUACCCGUUUCCCAACACCCCCCGCGGGAGAGAUGAGCACUACUCUCCGCUCGACAGACAACUGAGGAACUUUUUGUUCCCUUUCCUGACUCCUGACGUCGACCCAGACAUCUUAAUUCUCAUUCACACCCUGAUCCUGGUCCAGAACUUUAUCCUCACCCUCAUGCUCAUCGUGGCAUCUUUCCUCAUCAUCAUCUGAGCUAAGCAGUGUUAAAAACAAAAAUAUUUUCUUUCCAAAUUUCUUGCAGACAUGUUUUUGUCUGGUAUUCAAAAUCUUUCAUUUGCCAUUUUUAAUCAAAUUAAAAAUAGGCGUAGUACUGAAUGUAUCCGUUGUGAGAUGACUGUUAAAUUUUCAUCUGAUUGCACCCCGAUCCAUUUGGACCAAGCCUCCACGGCCUGACCGCGUAUGGACCUUUAGCCAGAAGUGUUGUUUUUCUUUUAGGUUGCCUCAUGAGUGCCAAUGGCAGGCUUGCGACGCUUACGGUUUGCCGCUUCUUAGGUCGUUUAAAACGGGGGGAAAGUAGCAGCAAAGCCAGUGGAAGUGUGCUGUGACUGUUUUACCUCAGUUGACCAUUUAGCGGUUAUUUUAUAUUUUUUUCAAUAAAAAAGAAGUUUUAUUUGCAAAGUAUUGUGUGUUUUGAAAUUCUUUACAAGUUAAAACGUUAUCUCAGGUAACACGUUCACUGCAUAUUGUUUGUGAAAAGGAAUAACAGGUGAGAAGGCCUGACCUGAAGAAUGAGAAAAGUCUGUUAUAUUGGAAUGAAUUUGACUGUAUAUUUUUCCCCUUAUGCAGGCGCAUAGUUGGCGCCUGUGGUCUGCCUCUCGUUUUUAUUAUAGUUCUAAGAGUUUGUUAUAGGUUUAUCGCAUUACCAAUUAUUACAGUGUUAUGUUUUUAUGUCUGUGAUUUUACUAAUCUGUUGCCUUUGGCGCUGAACUCGAAGGCUGCUCUAUACCGUCUGACGCCAUUUAACGACUUUGUUGUGAUGCGCAACCGACCGCAUCGUGCAAGCCUUUCUUCUUGCGUCGUAGGUUUAGUUUGUUGAUCAUCUAUUACUAUUAUUACUAUUAAAGCUACGAAACUUAUUCUUAAGCUCAAAGCGCAAACGAGGGAGGGAAAUUUCCUGUCAGCGUCGGGUCCUGCUCGCUGAAAUGCAUAUCAAAAACAUUUCUGACGACUUCCUGGAACUAUGCCAGGUGCUUAGGGAAAACAGCUGUGGUACCUCCUGUGUUGUAAUUUUUUCUGUGCACUGUGCUGACCUGAAAUUUAGAUGACGCAGCGAGCCGGCCGGACGAAGACAGGUGCUCCUCCAGCUUGUGGCCCGUGAGUCCGUGAAUCACAUUGCCAUGUACUUAGACGUGACUGUACUUUGUUUUGUUCCUGGUUGUGUGUGUGUGUUGUUACCGUUACUUUGUCGCCCCCGUUCCUCCGGGAAAGAAAAGAACUGUGUACAUUGUCAUUUUAAAGGCUGACGGAGGUGAUUGUGUCUGUUAAUUUAUCGUGCCAUUUUCGUUUACAAUAAAGCGGUGUGGAACUUUC